CGUGUGCAGUCUUCUCAGUCUGAAGCAUUUGUAAGAACUAUCACCACCAGAAUGGUGUUACUAAAGCUAACGGUGUUGACGACGCUUUUGACAGGCGCCCUGGGCUACACUGCCCAGACCUGUCCCUCUACCGUCCCGGAGAGUCAGCGGCAGGACUGCCACCCCGAGCAUGGGUCCACCGAGGCUUCAUGCACGGCUAGAGGAUGCAUGUGGUGCGAGUCAUCCUACCAAGGCCCUCCUUGGUGUUUCUUUGACGCUCAGGCUCUCGGUUCGAACACCCCUGCACCAGGGUCGUGCGACAACAGCAUCUGCCCGUCCUGUAUUCCCGAGUACCAGCGGCAGGACUGCCACCCCGAGCCUGGCUCCACCGAGGGAAGCUGCACGGCCCGAGGCUGCGUCUGGUGUCCCGCCACCACCCCCAACACGCCCUGGUGCUUCUUCGACUCGAACGUGGUCGUCCCAGGUGGCCAGCACACCCAAGGCGCCUACACCUGCUCGGCCGUGAACAGCGUCAUCCCCGAGUCCCAGCGAGUCGACUGUCAUCCCGAGCACGGGUCGAACCAGCACAGCUGUGAGCAGAAGGGUUGCUUCUGGUGUCCGGCGUCGUACGAGGGACCGCCGUGGUGCUUCUACAACCAGACGGGCGGCUCGGUCAUAGGCACAGGAGGCCUGGGCGGCAAUGGCGUCUGUCCCACCGACAUUGUCGAGUCUAACCGUAUUGACUGCUACCCCGGCGGCGGCGCGACCCAGGGAAACUGCGAGGCACUGGGCUGCAUCUGGUGCGAGAGCUCCGUCCCCAACACCCCCUGGUGCUUCUAUAACGGCACGUUUGAUGACGUGGGAGGGGAGGAGACGUACAGGGUGGACUGUACUCCAGAGGGGCUCAACCCCAUCAAGUGUGCGGACCGCGGCUGCGCAAUGGGCGCCGCCAGCCUUCCCGGCGUGCCCCGCUGCUAUUUCCCACCAGAACGAGGCUACCAGGCGGUGGGAGCGCCCGUGGACCUUCCCAACGGUCUCCUCUUCAGCCUGAAGCGGGUCGGGGGGAACGCGAUGUUCGGCGGGGAGGUGGACCCGCUGGCCUUCCUCGUGGAGUACCAGUCCGACUUCAGGAUUCACUUCAAGUUCUAUGACCCCAACGACAACCGUUUCGAGGUGCCCCUGGACAUCGGUACACCACCAAAACCGAUGACCAAAGCUCUGUACAACUUCACCUGGGCAAACGACCCGACCUUUACCUUCAACAUCACCCGCACAGACACUGGAGCCACGCUUUUCGACACUUCUAUGGGAGGGCUGGUGUUUGAGGACCAGUUCCUACAGAUCGCCACCAAGCUGCCGUCCAUGAAAGUGUACGGGUUCGGCGAGCACGAGCACAAGUCGUAUCAACACGACAUGAGCUACCAGACAUGGGGCAUGUACUCACGGGACCAGCCGCCAGCGUACAAAGGGAACCUGUACGGGGUCCAUCCGUUCUACAUGAGUGUGGAGGAUGACAAUAAUGCUCACGGUGUACUCAUCCUCAACAGUGCUGCACAAGAUGUGACCUUGACUCCUGCACCUGCGAUGAUCUACAGAACCAUCGGAGGUGUGCUAGAUUUAUACAUGUUCCUGGGACCAACUCCGGAGAACGUGGUACAGCAGUACACGGAGGCGAUCGGACGGCCGUUUAUGCCGCCAUAUUGGUCCCUCGGGUUCCAGCUGUCCCGUUAUGGGUACAACAGUCUGGCUACAGUCAGUGACACUAUCGACAGGAUCCGUGCUUACGAUAUCCCCCAUGACGUCCAGUUCGGUGACAUUGACUACAUGGACGAACAGAUGGACUUCACCUAUGACCCCGUGACGUAUGCAGGUUACCCUGAUUACGUCAGAAGGCUGAGGAACGACCACGGCAUGCACUUCGUCACUAUUCUGGACCCUUGCAUCACGACCGAGAGGUCCAACUACCGUCCGUACGAUCUGGGACAGGAGAUGGGCGUCUGGAUCAACGAAUCGGACGGACGUACACCCGCACUGGGCAAGGUAUGGCCUCCAGGCGCGUCUGUGUUCCCAGACUACACCAGCCCGUACUGCCACGACUACUGGAUCACCCUCUGUAAGGAGUUCUUCGGCGUCAUUCCGUACGACGGACUGUGGAUCGACAUGAACGAACCGGCCAACUUCGGGACAGGUUCGAUAGUCGGCUGUGCUCAGAACAACAUCAACCAACCUCCCUUCUUACCGAAGAUCUGGGGAGACUUGGCGGAUAAGACGCUGUGUCCAGACUUUAAGACGUACAUCGGGAACAUGUACGACACACACAGUCUGUUUGGCUGGGCACAGUCACCGCCUACAUUCCAGGCUGUCCAGGAGGCGUCAGGUAAGCGUGCCUUCGUGGUGUCCCGUUCCACGUUCCCCGGGUCCGGAAAGUACGCCGCCCAUUGGCUGGGAGACAACUACAGCCAGUGGUCCAACCUCAAGAACUCCAUCGUCGGAAUGUUGGAGUUCAGUCUCUUCGGUAUUCCAUACAGCGGAGCUGAUAUCUGCGGGUUUAACGGAGACGCGAACUACGAACAGUGUAACCGCUGGAUGCAGCUCGGCGCGUUCUACCCCUUCGCUAGGAACCACAACGGUCUCGGCUACAGGGAACAGGACCCAGGCGCGUGGGAUGCGGAGUUCGCCCGUAUCAGCCGGGAGGUCCUGCUGGUUCGCUACACCCUCAACCCGUACCUGUACCUGCUGUUCCAUCAGGCGCACACAGAGGGCUCUACUGUCGUCAGACCGCUGCUGCAUGAGUUCACCAGUGACCCAGAAACCCACGCCAUCGACAGGCAGUUCCUGUGGGGCCCGGCCCUGCUCUUCUCACCUGUUCUCGAUGAGGGGAUGACAUCAGUUGAAGCCUACUUCCCGAAAGCUCGUUGGUACGACUACUACACGGGCGCUGAGCUGUCCCCCUCCCAGCAGAUGACGCACGUGACGUUGAACGCACCUCAUGAUUACAUCCCCAUCCACGUGCGCGGGGGUUACGUCAUACCCACCCAGGAACCGGCAAGGACAACAACCGUCAGCCGGACACUGCCCAUGGGCUUGAUAGUUGCGCUGGGAUCAGAUAGCCACAUCCCCGCCACUGGGACACUGUUCUGGGACGACGGUGACUCCAUAGAUACUUAUGCCAAUGGUAACUACUUCUUGGCUGAGUACGUUGCAGAUAAUAAUGGACUACAGACCGUCGUACGAAACGAUGGUUACCGAGGCAUCGACUCGUUAACGUUCGGCACCAUUCGGGUGUUCGGUCUUAGCUCGGUAUCUUCCGUCAUGAUCAACGGGUUCACGCACAGUAGCUUCUCAUUCGACGCAACGACGAAGGAGCUCCAGAUUACCAACAUCAAUGUCGGAGUGAAAGACCUACAAAGUAUCAGCUGGGCCUAGUGAUACUUCAUCGUCAUAGUCAUAGAGUCACCAAAGCAUAGACAUAGUGUUAAAAUGUCAUAUAAUGACCGAUGUGGUUUACAUGGUCAUCCAAAUGAUGAUUAGAGUCUUCCUUUAAUAAAUCUGUGUGCGAAGUCUUUGCACAAAAGAA